AAGAUAAAUUUCCCAAAAAACUUGUUUAUGCAAGUUGUAAGGUAUACAUUAACAGAAAUAUGUUUCAAUUAACUCAAUUAUGCUGUGCAUUUUGUACUUGGGGCAUUGAUUCCAGUCGAAGACCAAUAUUAAGGAAACCAUAAUUUACGCAUAUGGUGCGGUAAAACAUAUGAAUUGCAUUUUUAACAACACGGAAGUAUGCAUAGUAGACUUAUUGACAAAAUAACUAACUGUGUGUAAUAUUUGGAGUAUUUGGCCCUUGUAUUGCAUGAUAUUUUGUGUGUAUUGUGGUGACCUAGAUUUCAUAAUUAAAUGUCCCAUCACGACAUGACACUCUUUAGCUUGUGAUUGAACUCUAAUCAUUGGAGUUCAUGAUAUCACGACAUUACACACGUUGUUUAUGCAAUUAUAUUUGCUGCAGUUUACAAGCACACUCUCCGCCCCUUUUCUAGAUUACGCUUGAACUUAUUUUGGUUUUAGUAAUUGGCCUAAAAAAUAAAAUUAUGAAUGACAUUAGUCUUCAAUGCAUAUUGAGAGGUACAUGUGUAAAUAAAUAAUGUCUAAAUAUGAGCAUAUAUAUGUAGAUCGAACAGCUAGAAAGAUGGGGUACAUACAUAUUUACUUGCAUGCAUCAGUAUCCUUGAGGAAGUUAGAUAUGCAUUUUUUGUAUAUAAGUUGUGAAAAUUAGAAAAAUCACGCUGGUGCUCGAAAUUCCCAGUAAGUCAUCAUUUGCAGAAAUAGAGCCCAUACGUUCUGCACACAUGGCACGAAAGGGAGGACCGACAAACAUUGUGUGAAUUCCAUGAAAAACAUCCUCUUAAUUGAGCAUUCUACUAUUUCUACUAUCAUUUUACAAUCUUGGUAUACAUAAUGAGAACCCACACCGUUGACCGUAUUCUGUAGUAAAUAGUGUACGUGUGAAUCUUGCUUGUCACUCGUCCAUUUCUUAAGAAAUGAAGGUAAAGAAUGAGAUAAAUGUGCCUCAGGCAAGUUCCGUAUGGUGCUAUUAAAGGUACUCCUAGUUGCAUGAAUACAAACACUUUUGGCUGGAGCUACAAACAGACCGACCCUCAAAUUAUUAGUCACUUCUUUUCGUAUAUUAGUCAUUAGUAUAGCAGAACUGCAAUGGGAUUACGAAAAUAUUAGCAAUUUGACCACCACAAUUGCAAAUAAAAUUGAGUGAGCAAGAGCAAGGUGUAAUAAAAAAAACUCAAAAACAACUCUUCCUUUCUUACACUUGUGGAACGUGGAACCAGUUUUAGUUUGGUUCAGAGGUUGUGGUCAAAGUUUGCAUGUUCCAGAAGCCAACCUGAGUCUGACUUGUCCAGACCACGCCAGGAAAAAGAUAGUACCAACGAAUCAACAAAAUUGGCGUCGAACUUUGCACCUCUAAUUUUAUUUUGUGCGGACGAAUUGGUGUGAGACUUUGCACCUGGAAUUGUUUACUAUUAUAUUUUGAAACCAAGAUAUUUUCCUACAUCGUCCAGCAGAAGGAUGGAUCGACCUCUAACUACUUCCGGAGGUGGUGGUGGUGGGGGAGGAAUUGCGGGGAGUCUUACCCAAUUUUCCAAUUGCAUGGCCGUUAACAUGAUUGGAGUUAAAUAUAACAUCGUCGAGACGUUGACGAGGCAUCGGAAGUUGAAUUUACAAGUGAUGCCAAAGCGAGCUGGAGAUACUGCUGUCAUCACUGGUGGUUCGAGAGGCAUUGGAGCAGAAGUCGUAAAACAGUUGAUGAUCCUUGACAUGCACGUUAUCAUAGGUUGUAGAAAGGAGGCUGCUGGUGUAAAAUUGAUUGACAAACUAAGAAAGGAAGGGAUUCAAAGUGGAAGUGCAGAGGUUCUGCUAUUGGAUUUGAACUCUUUCGAGUCUGUCCGACAAUUCUCUCAAAACUUGUUGGACAGAAAUAUUCCGAUCAAUAUCCUCAUUAACAAUGCUGGGAUUAUGUUCGUCCCAAAAAUAACAACGGUAGAUGGGUUCGAGUCACACUUUCAAACGAACUACUUGAGCCAUUUCCUACUAACCAACCUCCUAAUGCCACUAUUAGUGAAUGGUGGAAGUCCAUACCGUGUGAGUCGAGUAAUCAACGUGUCAUCGGUUGCUAAUUUCGGAGGAAAGAUUAACUUUGAUGAUCUUAACAUGGACAAACAUUACGACAAAUAUAUGGCCUACAUGUCCACCAAGUUGAUGCAAGUUGUUUCAUCUAAAGACCUCAAUGCCCGUUUGAAGGCCGAUGGAAAACCUGUCCGAGUGUAUUCUGUCCACCCUGGAGUCAUUUAUACUGAGCUGUACAGCAAUUUGUGGUACUUGCAACCCAUAGGCUGUAUCGUCAAAAAAAUGUUUAAGAAUGCUGAGCAAGGGGCCGAUGGCAUCGUGUUUGUUGCAACAUCUCCAGAAGUUGGGGAAAAUGAUGGGGGAGAAUUUUUUAUGAAUUGCAGGAAAACAGUCCCAAAUCCUAAAGCUCGUGAUCCCUCCGUACAACAAAAGCUAUGGAGUGCUUCACAAACCUUGGUUGGUCUUAAAUCGUUCGUUCACAACGACACGAUUGAAAUUGUUACGAUGACGUGAUGUAAUGCAAUAGGACACGAAGCAAAUAACUUUCUCAAGCUGCAAAGGAAAAUGAGAGUGGUUCACAUACAUAUCUUUGUUUUGCGGGUACCUGCGUAUUUUGCAAUAUACACUUUCUCUACUAAUAAUAAUGAUAAUAAUAAUAAAUAAUAAUAGUAAAUAGCGAUAAGUUUACUCUCUCAAGCACUCGUACUUAUACAUAUGCAAAUUUGGAAUGCAAAUAUUUUUAAAUAUUCCAAAAGUUGUUACUUUAUAAACGAUUUUUUUAUGUUAUGACUUUAAUAAAUAAUUUGUAUCACGA